AGUGCCGAGAACGCGGAAAGCGUUUUAGUCGUAUGGGCCAUCUCAGGCAACACCAGAGGGUCCAUACAGCGGAAAAGCCAUUUAAGUUCUGUCUACCUGGCCGACCCCCUCACCCAGGACAAGGCCAAGGGGCUACUGGACAAGGCCCUCGCACAGAGACCAGACUACAUCAAGGCAGUGGUCAAGAAGGCAGAACUACUCAGUGAGUAUUAGAGAGAGAGAGAGAGAGAGAGAGAGAGAGAGAGAGAGAGAGAGAGAGAGAGAGAGAGAGAGAGAGAGAGAGAGAGAGAGAGAGACUACUGGACAAGGCCCUCGCACAGAGACCAGACUACAUCAAGGCAGUGGUCAAGAAGGCAGAACUACUCAGCCGGGAGCAGAAGUACGACGAGGGCAUCACGUUGCUAAGGAACACGUUAGCCAAUCAGAGCGACUGUGUGCUGCACAGGAUGCUGGGAGAUUUCCUAUUCGCCGUGCAGGAGUACCAGGAGUCAAUCGACCAAUACAGCAUAGCACUCAGCCUGGACCCCAAUGACCCGAAGUCGUUGGAGGGGAUGCAGAAGAUGGAGAAGGAGGAGUCUCCGAUGGACGCCACGGUGGAGCUGGAUGGAGACGACAUGGAGGGCAGCGGAGAAGACGCAGAGCUGGAGGGCAGCGACAGCGAAGCAGCGCAGUGGGCAGACCAGGAGCAGUGGUUUGGAAUGCAGUGAUGAAGACACACACACACACACACACACACACACACACACACACACACA